AUGCCCGGAGCGGGCGUAUUUUGGAAACAAUACCGCGCGGUGCGCCGUGGCCUCCUCCCGCGCCAGCUCGCGCCUGCAGCAGUCGCUGCCCCAGUUCGCGCCACCGCCUCCCGCCGCAGCCCGCUGGAGUUUGCCCCCUCCUUCCCAAUCGAGCGUGGGCACCAAGCCCCCCGAGUGCUCGUCACCCUGGACCCUGGCUCAGAGCCCUGGCAUCACGACUCGGAGGCUGAGACGCUGUCCUGGAGUCACCCAGGAGAGAUGGAGCCACCUCAGUGUGUGGAGGAGCUGGAAGAUGAUGUGUUCCAGCCAGAGGAUGGGGAGCCAGGGACACAACCUGGGAGCUUGCUCUCUGCGGACCUGUUUGCCCAGAGCCAGCUGGAUUGUCCCCUCAGUCGGCUUCAGCUCUUCCCCCUCACCCACUGCUGUGGUCCUGGGCUCCGGCACAUAAGCCAGGAAGACAAGGCCACCCAGACCCUCAGCCCAGCUUCCCCAAGCCAGGGUGUUAUGCUGCCUUGUGGGGUGACAGAGGAACCCCAGAGACUCUUUUACGGCAAUGCUGGCUACAGGCUUCCUCUCCCUGCCAGUUUCCCCGCAGGCCUGCCCCUUGGGGAGCAGCCCCCUGAAGGACAGUGGCAGCAUCGAGCGGAGGUACAGAUCGCCAGAAAGCUUCAGUGCAUUGCAGACCAGUUCCAUCGGCUUCACAUGCAGCAACACCAGGAGAACCGAGACCGCGCAUGGUGGCAGGUCUUCCUCUUCCUGCAAAACCUGGCCUUGAACAGAGAAGAAAACAGGGAAGGCGUGGGUCCCUGGUGAGGCUGGGUGGAGGAUGAAGCACCAGAGUGCAGUCUGGAACAGGACAGACAUCUGGGAGGACGGACGCCAUCUUGUCAAGUUUUGUUAUUUUUAACUUUUGUUUCCUGUUUGUACAUACAACAUACCCCAGUGAGAUCUCCUUCCCCUGUUCAGAACCUGCACUGGGAACGGGGGCUUUGGUCAAACACUGUUGAAGGAGAGGCGGCCGUGCCUGCUGGUGGAGUCCCAAAGGCUCUGACGGUGACCAGUUGGUGAUGCUUUCCGGGAAGUAGACUGAGGCUUUCCUACUGGAGCUGGUUAAGAAAUAGGAGGUCAGGUUAGACUCCCAGUGUCACCAAAUGUGUCAGCCUUCCCUCACGCCUGAUGGAAACACAGCUCUAACCCACCAGGACCUUGCCCGGGGUAUCCUGGCUAAGAACAGCAAUGCCUUGCCUAGCCAGCCCUACAUCUGGGUUCCCACUUGGCACAGCCUGUGCAUGGGCUCAGGGAUUCUUAUCCAGACCCGUCACCUCCAGCAGACCUCAGGGAGGGUCGGACUUCUUUAAGAACCUCUCAAAGGUGCCUCAAAAUGGAAUCAAGCUUGACAGGUCUCAAGUCUGACUUGGUUCCCCCAUGGAAGACCCUUGAUUGGUCCCAAGGUGCAAACUACUGCCACCUUUGCUGGCUGGGUGUCAACCGUGUGUGAGCCAAGUCGCUGAUCAACCAUCCUGUUGUGCCCGGGAGCCUGUGCCUUUGUCGGCCGUUUUCAAAAGACCCUGCCAACUACUGGACUGGAUUGGACUACCACCUCAGCAGCCGCACUCCGAGAUGGGGUGCGUUCACAGGGGAUCCACUGAUCAGUCAGUCCCAGGGUCUGACUCUUGGUUUCCUUGGAAACAUGUACCUCCUCCCCCUUAUCCCCAUCCCUUUUUCAUACCUAGUAGGAUACAGGAAGAAGCUGGCACAGUGACUUUGCCAGCUGAAAGGUGACUUUUGAACAACAGACAAUGUUUAGAACAUGGAGCUGAUAGAGCUGGGUACACAUUUCCUAUCUUCCUUCAGCUUCCAGCCAGGCCAGAAGAGAGAGUUCCUGAACCUAGCCGAAUCUCAGCUUCCUUCUCUCCCUGCUGUGGUACUCAGGGAGGAGACUUAAAGUGCUGACCUUCAUCACAGGGUGUCUCCUAACCCAAUACCUGGAGAUCAAAUCAUAAUAUAUAUAUAUAUGGAAAGACAUUGGUGCUAAAGA